CGGCCGGGGGAAACGCUGAGAGAGACUGCUGGGCGCUGUCGGGGCUCUGCCGUGCCCAAGGCGGGUGCACCGGUCUAAGCCGCGGCCGGGCUUUUUUCUCUGAUCGGGACCACCCGGAUGGUGCUCUCCGGGCUCCGCCCCGUCUGGCCUAACCCGGUCUGCCCGAGUUCCACAAGCUCUGCGGGCAGACUAGCGAGCCCACCCCAGCUUACGUUCGUUCUGCCGCCCGCCUGCGAAGGAUCCGGGGAUGGGCAAGCGCCACCCGGACCUCUCCGGAGUCUGCAUUGGGUCUCAACGAGGCCGAGUGACUCUCCAGAAUGGGAGACAAGCCAAUUUGGGAACAGAUUGGAUCCAGCUUCAUUCAGCAUUACUACCAGUUAUUCGAUAAUGACAGAACUCAGCUAGGCGCAAUUUACAUUGACGCAUCAUGCCUUACGUGGGAAGGACAGCAAUUCCAGGGGAAAGCUGCCAUUGUGGAGAAGUUAUCUAGCCUUCCGUUCCAGAAAAUCCAGCACAGCAUCACGGCACAGGACCAUCAACCCACGCCAGAUAGUUGCAUCAUCAGCAUGGUUGUGGGCCAGCUCAAGGCGGAUGAAGACCCCAUCAUGGGGUUCCACCAGAUGUUCCUAUUAAAGAACAUCAACGAUGCCUGGGUUUGCACCAAUGACAUGUUCAGGCUUGCCCUGCACAACUUCGGCUGACCUCCUCCCUGCCAGGCACUCACGCUGUUUCCUCCUCCCUCCAAUUCCUGAUACUAUUCACACUCCUCCAGAUGCUCCAAAUAUCAUACACAAAUGAGCAAGCCGUGGUGGGAUUGGGCGCAUGUGCUGCUGCCCCCAAGGUGUUGUGCAUGAUGUUUGGACGCUAGACUAGUUGCAUCUGACAGGAGUAGUUUGUGUUGUACCAGCGCAUGCCUUGGAAAGACUUAAGUAAUGCAAAAGGUUGUCUCUCUCUUUUUUUUUAAUCUACUGACAAGUUGCUCUAGUAACCCAAAGAAGUGAAGGAGAAAGCAGCUGCCUCAACGCCCAGAUAUUGAUUUGUUCAGAUGUUUCAAUGCCUCAUGAUACAAUAAAACCACAAAAAUUUUCUUAACAGUUUAAAUUGUUUUAAUUAGUUUAAUAGUUGGCUGGGCAUCAAUAACUACCCUGCCCCAUUGGCUCUCUCAUGCCUCACCCUUCCCACCUCAGCAAUACCUGUUGUAGGGAGAAAACUACUGAAGCAGCACUUCCAGGUAGCUUCUCUCCUGAAGCCCUGUAGGGCAUAAUGUCCUCUUUCCAGCCCACCUGCUCUUGGGAAAUUAAGCUGCAGAGAGGGAGAGCUCAGGUCUGGCCUGAAGCUUCCCUUGCACUGAAGCUUCUGCAGUCAGUUCUGAGACUCCUGUGCCUUCUGCACUUGGUAGGAUCAGAGCUCUAGAAGCAGGAGCAGUGACUGAAUCCCACUGAAGAUGAUGAGUCCUUGGCAAAAAUGGUCCAUCAAGUUAGCCCCUCUGGACUGAGGACUCAGUAAAAGGAAGGAUAAGCAGAGGUUUGAGGGAGAGGGACCUACUAUCCCCAGAAGGGUCAAGGUCAUUCAGGGUGUCCUACAGACGACCCCAAGCCAAGCAGUGGGUAGUUCAGAUCUUGUGCUACCUGCUUUGGAUUAUCCAAGCAUUGCCUGAAGGCAAAUGCCCAAAACCGCCUCAGUGCCCACAACCAGGCUAUACUACUGGGUUGGAGUCUAUAUAGAUUCAGAAUUACAAAAGAAGAUAGUCUGAAUCUGAAGUGUUUGUGUUUGAGUUCUCACCUCUCAGAUCUUUGCAGGGUAUAUCUAGGUCUCUUCCUUGUUUCUUGCCUCACCACACACAUACUUUGACACUGUCGCCAAACCCAGGAAGUCUUAACUGUUGGGGUAGAUUCUGUUCCUCAGGUUUUUGGGACAGAAGCCUUGCCCAAUGCAAACCUGAUCCUUCAGCCCUGAGACUUGGUGGUAAUAUAGCAACCUAGGGUUCUGCACACUAGAACCCGAAAAUCCAGGACUUGGGCAUCAUGAGAUCCUGUUAAGGGGAUUAAGAUUGAUGAGGACGACACACUAAGCCUGAUCUAUAAGCAGACCACACACACACUCACACACACACACAUCCUCACUACAACUGGAGUCCAAGAACUUCCUCAGACCCCCACAGGUUGCCUGACUACACUGGACACAGGACUGAAUGUGCUGUUUGAGAGAACAGCAUACUCAGGAGAUUUCAGUGGGACUGAUUUCUAGACUGGUGUAUACUUUUGGGGGUGGGGUGGGGGAGAGGUAGGUGCCUGCUGCCUCUUAAACCACCCUGUAUAAAAUCUGCAAUACAGCUUCUUCCAUGUACCUGUGCCUGAAAUGUCUGCAAUAAAGAACUGUUUGUAAA